AUGAACAUCUCGGGGUCCCCGCCGCCCCUCGGGGAGCGGGCCUCCUGCCUGCAGCUGGCCGAGGGCGAGCAGUCCAGCCUGGUCAUCCUCCAGCACUACAACCACACGGGCCGGCUGGGGACCCGGCGGGCGCCGGAGGAGGGGAGCGGCGGGGGUGACAACGCCCUGCUGGGGGUCUUCGUGGCGGCCAGCUGCCUCGUGGUCCUGGAGAACCUGCUGGUGCUGCUGGCCAUUGUCACCCGCAUGCGGUCCCGCCGCUGGGUCUACUACUGCAUCGUCAACAUCACUCUGAGCGACCUGCUGACCGGGACGGCCUACCUGGUGAACAUCGUCCUGUCGGGCAGGUACACCUUCCAGCUGACCCCCUACCAGUGGUUCCUGCGCGAGGGCGUCCUCUUCAUGGCCCUGGCCGCCUCCACCUUCAGCCUGCUCUUCACGGCCGUGGAGCGCUUCGUCACCAUGGUGCGGCUGGUGGCCGAAAACGGGGCCAGCAAGACGUUCCGCGUGUACGGCUUCAUCUUGCUAUGCUGGUUGCUGGCCCUGCUGCUGGCCCUGCUGCCCCUGCUGGGCUGGAACUGCCUGUGUGACUUCCCCAGCUGCUCCAACCUGCUGCCCCUCUACUCCAAGUGGUACAUCCUCUUCUGCGUGGUCAUCUUCAGCCUGAUCCUCGCCGGCAUCCUCCUCCUCUACGGGGCCAUCUUCCGCCUGGUCCGCGUCACCGGGCGCCAGGCCUCCCGGGGCCGGGCCCGCCAAAAGUCGCAGCGCCUGCUCACCACGGUGCUCAUGAUCCUGGUGGCCUUCCUCGUGUGCUGGGGCCCGCUCUUCGCCCUGCUGCUGGCCGACAUCUUCGGCUCGGCCGCCUGGGCCCGGGAGUACCUGCGGGGCAUGGACUGGAUCCUGACCCUGGCCGUGCUCAACUCGGCCAUCAACCCCCUCAUCUACUCCUUCCGCAGCCUCGAGGUGCGCCGGGCCGUGCUGGGCUUCCUCUGCUGCGGCUGCCUGCGGGCCGGCUGGCUGGGCCCCGGGGACUGCUGGGCUGGCGGGGCCCAGGUGCUCUCGGGCUCCUCCACCGAGAGCUCCCUGCGGCCCCGGGACAGCCUCCGGAUCUCCCACUCCCUCAGCCUGCGCACGCGGGAGCCCCUGUCCAGUAUCUCCAGCGUGCGCAGCCUCUGA